UCCGUUUCACCGGUUUGAUCUCCGCCGAUCAUCGGACGUUCCCAUCGUGGUUGUAUGAAAACCACCAUGGAUGACGUGUCCACCGGUUCUCCUCUACCAUCACCUAACCAACUACCCCUGCAUAUUUAACCUCCCGCCAACGCCCCUUAAUUACCCAAACCCAGGAGAAAGAAAAAACAAAAGAAAACUCCCGUUACCAAACACCCACCCAAUUCCCCUCUUCCUCCCUCCGCCGCCGCCUGAAAUCCCACCCUUUCCUCCUCCGUUUCAGGCGACGGCGGCGAUGGAAUCCCAAAACAACCACCACCUCGACGACGAAUUCAUCUUCCGCUCCAAACUCCCGGACAUCUACAUCCCCCAACACCUCCCUCUCCAUUCAUACUGCUUCGAGAACAUCUCCCAAUUCGCCGACAAGCCCUGCCUCAUCGACGGCGCCACGGGAACCACCCACACCUACGCCGACGUCGAGCUCGCCUCCCGCCGCGUCGCGGCGGGACUCCACAACGAGCUCGGAAUCCAGCAGGGUGACGUCAUCAUGCUCCUCCUCCACAACUCCCCUGAAUUCGUCUUCUCCUUCCUCGCCGCCUCGCACCUCGGCGCCGUCGUCACAACGGCCAAUCCGUUCUACACCCCGGUCGAAAUCGCCAAACAGAUCGCCGCCUCCAAGGCUAAAGUCGUCAUCACGCAUUCCAAUUUUGCCGAAAAAAUCAAAUCGGAAGUGAAAAUCGUCACGAUCGACGAUGCUCUGUUUUUGAAAUUCUCGGAUCUGGUGAAGGGAGGCGGAAUUGAUCCGAUCCUGCCGGCGGUGAAGAUAAAUCCCGACGACGUGGUGGCGCUGCCGUAUUCUUCGGGGACGACGGGGCUGCCGAAGGGCGUGAUGCUGACGCACAGGGGGCUGGUGACGAGCGUGGCGCAGCAGGUCGACGGCGAGAAUCCGAAUCUGUAUUUCCAUCGGGACGACGUGAUACUCUGCGUUUUGCCGCUGUUCCACAUCUAUUCAUUGAAUUCGAUCAUGCUAUGCGGGCUGAGGGUCGGGGCGGCGAUUCUGAUCAUGCCCAAGUUUGAGAUUGGGGCUCUGAUGGGGCUGGUGGAGAGGUACAAGGUGACGAUCGCGCCAUUCGUGCCGCCGAUCGUGCUGGCGAUUGCGAAGUCGCCGGAGAUUGACCGGUACGACUUGUCGUCGAUAAGGAUGGUGAUGUCCGGCGCGGCGCCGAUGGGGAAGGAGCUCGAGGAUGCUGUUAGAGCCAAACUGCCUAAUGCCACGCUUGGACAGGGUUACGGAAUGACGGAGGCGGGUCCAGUGCUAUCAAUGUGCUUGGCGUUUGCCAAGGAGCCGUUUGACAUAAAGUCCGGCGCCUGCGGGACGGUGGUGAGGAACGCCGAGAUGAAAAUCGUCGACCCGCCCACCGGCACAUCUCUUCCCCGGAACCAGGCCGGCGAGAUUUGCAUUAGAGGCAGCCAGAUUAUGAAAGGCUACUUGAAUGACCCGGAAGCGACGGCGAACACGAUGGACAAGGAAGGGUGGCUACACACCGGCGACAUAGGCUACAUCGACGACGACAGCGAGUUAUUCAUCGUCGACAGGCUGAAAGAACUGAUCAAGUACAAAGGGUUCCAAGUUGCUCCGGCGGAACUCGAAGCCAUGUUGCUCGCGCAUCCCAAUAUCUCCGAUGCCGCCGUUGUCCCGGUUUGUUGUCGUUUUGGGCAGGAUGAAAGAUGAGAGCGCCGGAGAGGUCCCUGUGGCGUUUGUGGUGAGAUCGAAUGGUUCCAAAAUCAGCGAGGACGAGAUCAGACAGUACAUCUCCAAACAGGUGAUAUUCUACAAAAGAAUCAAUCGGGUGUUUUUCACGGACUCCAUUCCUAAAGCUCCAUCGGGGAAGAUUUUGAGGAAGGAUUUGAGAGCCAGGUUGGUUGUCAGCAUUCCCGCUUAAUUAUUAGAUAUAAAGAGUGAUGUUGUAGUUUAACAUUGCAAUUUGGGGAAAUCCUAUGCUUAAUUAUCGAGGUGGUUGUUUUUUUUUAUGUAAAUUAUGGGAAUGGGGGAAUUGAGGAAGGAGCAAAAUGAAGGUACUAAUCAUAUAGAUUCAACCUUUUUUUGUGUAAUAUGUCGUGCCUGUAUUCUGAUUUACAAAUAAUGUUAUGGAGGUGGGUGUUUGGUACAUGUAUUUUCUUUGUGUAGUAUAGUUAAGAGCAGAGUUCAAAAAGGCGUGUUUAGGUAUGAGCUUAGAUACGUCUUGGUGUUAGAC